ACGGCAUCCAUCACCAGUACUGAGUUGCCAGUGCUUCAGUUUGGAUAAUCACAUAUAAAACCCACGGGCCGUGUUUGCCACCCCUCACCCGCUCUCCACAUGCACGUUGUGCUCUCAUCAUAUCUUAGUUGAUAUUUCAGUACCGCACAACUGCAGCAUCCUGCGGUACAUUAUACUGUCCAGUAAGAGAAGUUAAAACAACCACAAAGAUGGCCAACGAAUCUCAAAAGAUUCCAGUAGCCGCCUCCGAGGCCCGCCGAUUUGUCGAGGACAUUCUCCAGGGCAAUGGCGUGCCGCCCGAAAAUGCUGCAAUCGUUGCUCGCUGCCUCGUCGCCGCCGACCUCCGCGGCGUCGACACCCACGGGAUGAACCGCAUCCCCUCCUACAUGGAACGCAUCCGACAAGGCGUUCUCGAUGCGGCCGCACAGCCCGAACUCAAGCAAGUCACCCCCGUCGUUGCACAUGUCGACGGAAAGAACGGCUUCGGCUUUGUGGCGGCGAGCAUGGGUAUGGCGGCAGCAGUCGAAUCCGCCAAAAACUUUGGCAUCGGCAUGGCCAGCGUAUCGCAUUCGAACCACUUCGGCAUGAGCGCGUGGGUUGUGCAGCAGGCCUUGGAUGCGGACAUGAUGAGUUUGGUAUUUACCAACUCAAGCCCUGCGUUGCCGGCCUGGGGUGGCAAAAGCAAGCUCCUGGGGGUUUCGCCGAUUGCGUGCGGUGCGCCUGGGAAGGAUAAGCCUUUCAUCCUCGACAUGGCGCCAUCGGUCGCAGCCAGGGGUAAAAUAUACAAGGCCAAGAGACGGGGUGAAAAGAUUCCGCUCGACUGGGCUCUCGAUGCCGAGGGCCGGCCGACGGACGACCCAACCGCAGCGUUGGGGGGUGUCAUGCUCCCCAUGGGAGGCCCUAAGGGUUCGGCACUUUCCAUCAUGAUGGACGUCUUCUCGGGGGUCUUUUCGGGGUCUGCAUUCGCUGGCCAUGUGACUGGCCCGUACGAUCCUUCAAAGUCCUCAGAUGUGGGCCAUUUUCUCGUCGCCAUCAAGCCAGACCUAUUCAUGAGCCUGGAUGCCUUCAGGGAGAGAAUGGAUUAUUUGUAUCAGCGUGUUGUGGGUUCAGAGAAGGCUAUGGACGUGGAAAGGAUCUACUUUCCGGGCGAAAUCGAGCAACUAACCCAGCAGGAGAGAGAGGUGAGCGGUAUCCCUUUGGUACAGGCAGAGAUCGAUGCCCUCAAUGAAGAGGCGGAAAGAGUUGGUGCGCAGCGGCUGGCCCCUAUGACGAGUAGUUGAAUGGAGUAGCAACCGAAAUGCAUUUGAUGAUAAGAAGUAUGUCUCUUAUAUGGAACUCUGAGAAAAAGAAAUAGUGACGAGAUACACACCAGAUUUGGACAAUACAAUCGAUAGCCGAAGGCUUCCUUACAGCACCAAUGUGAACCGGCUGGCCUGUGCACUCAGCACCUCCCUUCCUCCUUCCUCCUUCCUCCUUCCUCCUUCCUCCUUCCUCCUUCCUCCUUCCU